AUGAGGGUGUUUGUAGCAAUGGUAGAUUCAUCACAAGGAAAUGAAAAAGUUCAGAGAUACGAAAUAUGGACAUCUGAAGAGAGUAAUGAAUUGUUUAGACUCAUAGUUGAUGCAGCCAAUCGCGAAUGGCGUGAUAAGUCUGAAAAUUUGAGUAAAGUAACCGUAGAGAAACAUAUUUUGCCCCCUCUUAUUGCAAAGUUUGGAACUGAGAAGACGUAUGCUCAAUAUAAAAGUCGUGUAAAAUGGUUUAAGAAGCAAUACGAUAAAUAUGCCAAGCUUAUGCGACAUAACAAGGGCUUUGGCUCGGAUGACGUGUCCAACAAAUUCACUAUUGAUGAACAUGUGUGGGAGGACUACUUUAGGGUAAGCAUUCUCAUCCCAGGGAUACGAGUUACAAGACAAUCUUUUUCUGAUUAUGAAGAUCUGAGAAUUGAUGUUGGAUGUGGAAUAGCUACUGGCAAAAGCUCAGUUGCAAUAGGCGAUGAUGUUGAAGAAACGACUUUUUAGACGAAAGAAAGAAUGGAAAAUAUUAAUUCCAUAGACGACGUGAUGCUUGAUCCAGAUUCUGAGGUGUUCGUUAACACUAAUAGCCAUCUCGACCAUAUGCCAUGAUCUCCGAUGCACUCUCCACCAUUCGCUCAACACAAAAGUUCAGAAAAACGUCCAUCCGUUCGAAAGCGAAACGGAACUAAUUUGGAAGCAAAAGCACUUCAUCUGACC